UCUCUUCUACACGCAGGUUUUGACCAACUUUGUUUUUCAUGACAAUGCCAUUUUUCCUCCCCAGGAUGGAAAGAAAGAACUUCUUCCUAAGCCUAUUGCUCUGCUACGGUUUGCUCAGAGCUGCCGCUUCUUACAUGGCAAUUGAAGAGAAGACAGAAUGCAACCUGUCAAGGAGCAACAAAAUGAAUCUCCAAGAUCUCCCACCCAUCUCCAUAGUAGAUUUAACUAAAAGAUCCCAGAAAGUCAGCAAGGCGGAGAACAAGAAAUCUUCCAAGAAAAAUGCUGGCCUGAAGACAUCUCCGAAACCAAGGCCCCCACCAGCUGCUGACUGUGUGCUAAACUUCAGAACCUGCAAGCCACACUUGAAUUCGUGUUGUAACUACUGUGCUUUAUGCAAAUGCCGAAUUUUUCAGACCAUCUGCCAAUGUCUAAUGUUAAACCCAAAGUGCUAACCCAAACUGGGAAC